AUGCGAAGCCUCCUGCCCACUCUCAGUAUACUCCUCCUCACCAUCUUCCUCAUCCUCUCCUUGGUAUUCGUCGUUCUCUCGACUACCUCUUCGGACUGGGCCCAUCGCGAUCUACGCUUCACCGACAGCGGCAACGUCGUCUACUACCUGCGCGUCCACCGCUCACCACUCAUCAACUGCGUGGCCCUCCCUCCAUACGAGCCGCCACCUCCUGACGAUAGCAAGGCAGAAACGACCCCCACAACCAACGCCGCACUCUCCACUCCAACCGACCACUUCUACGUCAACUGCUCAUUUCCACGCUGCACACUCGAACUAUCCGACAACCCGCACUUAUGCCAACUACUCUCGAAUUCCGCGGGGCUGCUCAUCACCUCCAAUGUUCUCAUUGGCACGACCCUCCUUCUCUCACUGGUACUGGUCGUUCUCGCUGUGCCCGUGUUUCCCGCGUGGUAUGGUGUUCGACGUCGGCCCGCGGAAAAGGAGCUCUUGCGGGACCGUCGCCGAAGACGACAUGUGUGGAUUGAAUAUCUCUCGCUCGUGACGUUCACGAUACUACUGGCGGGAAUCGUCACCGCCUUUCUGGCGCAAUAUCUUGGCUUUGAUGGCGCGGUGAACGAGCAAAUGCCGAAUGGGAAUGCGAUUACGAUGACGGGAGCUUCCCCGGAUCCAACGGAUCCGACGAAUCAGGCGGAUGUGGUUUGGGUCGCGGGGAAGGCGAAUCUCUGGUUGUGUCUGGGGUGGGGGUUUGCGGGGUUUGCGGCCGUGGGUUGGGGUGUGGUUUGGGGGAAUGGACCGAGGCUGGACUGGCGCGGAGUGGGGAGUGAUGAGGAUUGUGGGACUGCUGUAGAUGAGCAGGCGAGAGAGCCUGAAUAA